UUUACUAUAAAUACAACAGGAGCAGGCAAAACAAACUAAACAGUUUUUUAAAAAUGAAGCUUGGAACACUAUUUUUGACAUUCUGCGUUUUAGUCGCUUUAGCGUAUGGACAAAAAGGUAAUUGUGGUCCGAACGAGGAAGACGGUUGCGUUCCUUGUCCUUGUCCUGAGCGCACAUGCCAAGUUCCAAAUCCAAAGUGUCCAGAUUUGGUUUGUGUUCAAGUUUGUCUUCCGUUUUGUGUAUGUAAGCCUGGCUUCUUGAGAGACGCUAAAACCAAGAAGUGUGUACCAAUAAGAAGUUGCCCCAGGAGAGGAUAUUAAAGACAAAAACCACCAGAAUAAAAUAUUUAUCAUCAAUUUGACAUUUAAAAUAUGACUGUUUAAAAUUGCAUUGUUAGUAUUUUUUUAACUAUGUAACUUUAUUAAUUUUUAUCUCAUAUAAAACAAGUCUCAAUAAAAUCAUUUUUAUGUACAAA